UGCAAACCGUGCGCGCGGCUGCCAGAAGGAGUCUUACACGCGGUGCUGGAAGUGAGGGGCGCCCUGUGUGAGCUGCUGGUGCCGCGGUCGGCGAGAUGCCCAAGGCCAAGGGCAAGACCCGGAGGCAGAAGUUCGGUUACAACGUCAACCGAAAGCGUCUAAACCGGAAUGCUCGACGGAAGGCCGCGCCGCGGAUCGAGUGCUCUCACAUCCGACAUGCCUGGGACCACGCUAAAUCCGUGCGGCAGAACCUGGCCGACAUGGGGCUGGCUAUGGACCCCAACAAGGCGGUGCCCCUCCGUAAGAGAAAGGUGAAAGCCAUGGAGGUAGAUGUGCCGGAGAGGCCUAAAGAGCUUGUGCGGAAGCCUUAUGUGCUAAAUGAACUCGAGGCAGAAGCCAGCCUCCCAGAGAAGAAAGGGAACACGCUGUCUCGGGACCUCAUCGACUACGUCCGCUACAUGGUGGAGAACCAUGGGGAGGACUAUAAGGCUAUGGCCCGGGAUGAGAAGAAUUACUAUCAAGACACCCCAAAACAAAUUCGGAAUAAGAUCAACGUCUAUAAACGUUUCUACCCAGCGCAGUGGCAAGAGUUCAUGGAUUCUUUGCAGAAGAAUAAGAUGGAGGUUGAGUGACUGGUUCACACAGGCCCAUCUGAGGCCUCUUGGGCCAGUGAAGCCGGAGCCAGGGUUUAACGCGAGGAGACGUGUGUGGCUUCAGAUGAGGCUGGCCUAACCCCAUGGGAUCAGGUCUCUCACACACACAUGUACACACACACUCACCCCACCGUGGGGAAGGAACCGUGUCUCAGAGGCUCUGGUUGCAUUUUUCUGGAGUCUCAUGAAAAAGCCAGACCUGCUGUUUUCAGAGUGGGUGGUUUAUUCCAAUACAGUCUGUACAUAAUAAAAGGAUAUUUUGUUUCUCUCUAA